AUGUCCUCUUCUCUCUCCACCCCUUUCAUCCACCAUUCUUCAACUCUUCGCCAUGGAACCAACCCUUUCCCUUCUCCUCACGCCACUUCCACUCCCAAACCGCGACACUUCAAGCCUUUAUGCGCAAAGCGCUCUCUCGACCACAUCCCCAAGCAAUUCAGAGAGGAAAAUCUCAAAGAUGGAGUGAUAGAAAACUUCAAGAAUGUUCCCCAGUUUCUAUAUGGUCUUAAUCCCUCACAAAUCGACACGUUAAUGUCUUCAGGCAAUACUAUGCACCAGAUGUCUCAAAGUGUUACAGAGGAAAGCAUUACAUCUGCCAAAAGUUAUUUGCAUCAUAGUGGAAUGGAUAGUUUAUCUAGCAUUAGCAAUAGUGGCUCUUCAAGGACCAGCAUGAGUAUUAGUAUGCGUAGAGGAGGUGGUUGGGGAAGGACUAGGAGGUCUCCUCCGGAUUUGCCUUCUGUGCUAUUGGAUUCCCGGAUAGUUUAUCUGGGUAUGCCGAUUGUACCAGCUGUGGCCGAACUUAUUGUGGCUGAACUUAUAUGGUUGGAUUAUGAUGACCGUAAGAAACCUGUUUACUUAUAUAUUAAUUCACCUGGGACUCAGAAUAUGAGGAGUGAGACUGUGGGAUCAGAAACUGAUGCUUAUUCAAUUGCUGAUAUGCUUAAUCAUAUCAAACCUGAUAUCUAUACCGUGAAUGUGGCCGUGGCGUUUGGCCAAGCAGCAAUGCUUCUGUCUAUUGGAAAAAAGGGUUAUCGCACUGUACUACCGCAUUCAACCUCUAAAGUAUAUUACCCAAAAGUGCACAGAUCAAGUGGUUCUGUCACAGAUAUGUGGAUUAAGGCAAAAGAGCUGGAGGUAAAUUAUGAGUAUUACAUAGAGCUGUUGGCAAAAGGAACAGGGAAAUCAGAGGAAGAAAUUGCUAAAGACGUCCAGAGGACAAGAUAUUUCCAAGCACAGGAUGCCAUAGACUAUGGACUUGCUGACAGAAUAUUGAAGACACAGGAAGUUAUAAAUGACAAGCGGGAUUAUAAUGAAAUGGGUGCUACAAGAGCACUUCAGAGAGGUGGCGGGAACCCUCAAGCCGCUGCUUCGGGAUUUUAG